GCCAAAUGUUCCCUGAGACUGAGGGAUUCCUUGUAGCUAUACAGGACCAGGUCAUCCCUACCAACAAUUACAAGAGGUUCAUACUUAAGAACUUGCAACAGUCUGAUAAAUGCAGGUACGGCUGUCAGGACUCCGAAACACACGUAACUGGUGGAUGCCAAGCAUUCGCUCCAACGGACUAUAAGGAGCGCCACGACAUAGCUGCCAAAAUCAUUCACCAGGAGUUGGCAUACAAAUUAAAACUGACCGAAUGUAAGCUACAGUACUACAAAUAUACACCGCAAUGUGUCCUCGAGAACGACAAGUAUAAACUAUACUGGGAUCGCACUGUGCUUACGGAUCAAUACAUAAAACAAAACAGACCUGACAUAAUCAUUGUCGACAAGGGCGCCCAGAAAGUAACACUGAUUGAUGUGGCCAUACCUAAUAGUAACAAUUUAACAUACAAAAAUAAUGAGAAAGUUGCAAAAUACAGGGAGCUAGAAUUUCAAAUUAAACGCCAGUGGAAAAUGAAUAAUAAAAUAAUAAUAAGGCAGCCAGCUUGGGAAAGGAGGCUAAGCAAGAACAUAAAUAAUAUCAGGAGCGAUAUAGCUAUCCUAACGCAGUACCAAAAACCGACAUAUUGCCAGAGAGUGAAAAAGAAAGGGGACACAAUAAUGCGACGAUAUACAUCGGAAGAAAACCCAACCAUAGUCGAAGUUUUGGACCUUCUAAAGCAGAGACUAUUAGCCUUAUCUCAAAGAGUGAAGAGAUAUAAGAAGAGCAGCCAACGUCGUAAACAAAACAUCCUGUUUCAUAGAAAUCAGAGAGCAUUUUAUAAAUCUGUGGGCAGAAUCAGAUCGUACACUACAAGGAAAACAUCAUUUCCUAACACAGAAGACAUAAGACACUUCUGGAGCGGUAUAUGGAGCAACCCCAGAGAACACAGAACAGCGCAUUGGUAUCAGCAAGAGAAGGCUAGAACUUCCAUACAGCAAUGUGUCUUGGACCAUAACUAA